AUGGCGAUGGCACCAACGGUCAAAGUGGUUCUAGGCUCAACAGCCUUCGCAAUCUUCUGGGUACUUGCAGUUUUCCCAGCUGUGCCUUUCCUCCCAAUAGGAAGGACAGCAGGCUCGCUUCUAGGAGCAAUGCUAAUGGUCAUAUUCAGAGUCAUAACCCCUGACCAAGCAUAUGCCGCCAUCGAUCUCCCCAUCCUCGGCCUCCUCUUCGGCACCAUGGUAGUCAGCGUAUACCUGGAGAGAGCAGACAUGUUCAAGUACCUAGGCAAAUUGCUGUCCUACAAGAGCCAAGGUCCUAAAGACUUGCUCUUCAGGAUUUGCCUAAUCUCAGCUCUAUCAAGUGCAUUCUUCACCAAUGACACAUCUUGUGUCGUUUUGACCGAGUUCGUGCUCAAAGUAGCCAGGCAGCACAAUUUGCCGCCUCACCCUUUCCUCCUGGCGCUGGCUUCGAGUGCCAACAUUGGUUCAGCAGCCACCCCUAUUGGGAAUCCUCAGAAUCUGGUCAUAGCUGUUCAGAGUAAGAUUACUUUUGGAGAGUUUGUUUUGGGGAUUCUUCCUGCCAUGGUGGUGGGAGUGGUUGUCAAUGCCAUAAUCUUGAUGUGUAUGUAUUGGAAGUUGCUGUCCUCUGCUCCCAAGGAUUUGGAGGAUGCGAGUGAGGAGGUUAUUGACGACGAGGAUGUCAUUUCGCAUCGGUUUUCCCCAGCUACGAUGUCACAUCACUCCGCACAGAACUCUCAGGAUUUGAGCUCUAGAUUGGAACUACAAGGCUCUCCUCCCUUGGGUGUGAAUGGUCAUGUGGAGACCUUGAGGAAUAGGAUCCCUAGUUCGUCUAUAGAGAGUGAUAUUCGCAGUGGUGGGUUGAGCGGGAGGCAUCUCGAGUCUGGGAGGAUCUCGAAUGCAUCGAGUGACCCUGCAGCAGCCAGUGGAGCUGCUGCAGAUGAUGGAACUACUUCUCAAAAGAAGGAAGAGAAUGGAUGUUCUUCUCCUGUUGUGGUGUUGGAAGAAAGGGAUGGUGAUCCUUUCGACAGCAAGUGGAAGAGGAUACUGUGGAAGUCAGGUGUUUACAUCAUCACAAUUGGGAUGUUGGUGGCUUUGCUACUUGGUUUGAACAUGUCUUGGUCUGCAAUCACAGCUGCACUUGCUCUUGUGGUACUCGAUUUCAAAGAUGCCCGACCUAGCCUCGAAAAGGUUUCAUACUCCCUCCUGAUCUUCUUCUGCGGGAUGUUCAUAACAGUCGACGGCUUCAACAAAACCGGAAUCCCAAGCACCCUUUGGGAACUAAUGGAACCCUAUGCGAAAAUCGAUCACCCACUUGGCAUACUGGUCCUAGCACUCGUCAUACUUGGUCUCUCAAACUUGGCUUCAAACGUCCCCACAGUUCUGUUGCUGGGAGGCAGAGUGGCUGCAUCGGCCGCCGAGAUAUCAGCAGCAGAUGAGAAGAAGGCGUGGCUGCUACUGGCUUGGGUGAGCACUGUGGCGGGGAACUUGUCGCUGCUAGGAUCAGCUGCCAACUUGAUAGUGUGUGAACAAGCUCGGCGAGCUCCGCAUUUCGGGUACAAUCUGUCGUUCUUGAAACACCUCAAGUUCGGUGUGCCGUCUACCCUUGUAAUCACUGCUGUUGGUUUGCUGCUUAUAAGAUGA